UUUCAGGAAUCACUGGAGCAAGUAAAAGUAUGUGCCAUUUGGCAUUCAGAAAAUAGUGUCUCUGUAGCAGAGCACAUCUUUAACUUCUCCAGCUUGGAAAUGACACUGCUGAGACACACCAUAGGGUUUCUGCUGUGGAUGGGCUGUACUAGAUAUAAAACUUCUGCAGGAGCAGUCUGUGAAGACCCACCUCUCAUCGACUUUGGAGAAAUUGUUAGUGGACGUCUAUCAGGAUAUAAGGAAAAUGACAGAGUGAAGUACACAUGCAACCAUGGAUACACUUUAUCAGGAUCACAAUGGAUAACAUGCUCUGAAAAAAUCUGGGUACCUGGACCACCACAAUGUUUGAAAAGGUCAUGUGGAAGUAUUCCAAAAGUUUCCAAUGCUCAGAUUGAAGGCAGAAACAAGGAAAUGUAUGAGCCUGGUGAAACAGUUCACUACCAGUGUGAUUCGGGGUUCGUGAUUGCUGGUUCUCCUGAAAUUAUCUGCAGAGAAGGAAAUUGGUCAGCACCGCCCUCCUGUGAAAAAGAGAAACCAUGUGACUUCCCAGCUAUAGAAAAUGGCAAACUCUCGCAAUCACUGGAGAACUACAGAAACUAUUACUUUCCAAUGAUGUUCGGCCAGUAUGUUGAUUACCACUGCACUGACGGUUAUCAAACCCCGAGUGGAUCAACCUGGUUUCGGAUCGUCUGUUCUGCAGGAGGCUGGUCUCCAGAGCCAAAAUGCCUCAAAAAAUGUCAUCUCCCAUGGCUGCAAAAUGGCUUUUUCCAAGACAGUCAUAAGAGGGUUUUCACAGAAGGUGAAAGAGUUAAAUACGGCUGCAGUGCUGACUAUGACACUGAACAUGAAGGUGGGGAAAUCACGUGUACAAGGGACGACUGGUCACCCCCUCCAAGGUGUAUCCGUAAAAAUAUGACUUGUGAACCUCCUCCAGAAAUUGCCGGUGGUAGUAUUGAAGGUGUUAAAAAGUCAAGGUAUUUGCCUGGGGAGAGUGCUCACUAUCAGUGCUGGCAAGGCUUCGAGAUGAUGGGCCCUUCCACUGUCAUGUGCCACAGCAGCACCUGGACAGAGCUGCCACAGUGCAAAGGGAGAGGUGGGAAAUGUGGCCCACCACCACUUAUCGAGCAUGGCGAACUUCUGUCGUUCCGCAAGAACGAAUAUGCCCAAGGGACGACUCUGGAAUACAAAUGCCCAAGCCUCUACGUGCUGGAGGGCUCCACCACUAUCACCUGUGCCAACGGGCAGUGGACGAACCCCCCAGUCUGCCUGGUGGCCUGUACAGCAUCUGAAGAAGACAUGGCAAGAAACAACAUUCACCUGAGAUGGCGUGUGGGGACUAAGCUGUAUUCCAAAUCGGGUGACUUUAUUGAAUUUCAGUGUAAAAAAGGAUACCAGAAAGACCCAUCAUCUUCCCCCUUCAGAGUCCAAUGUGUGGAGGGAACAAUAGAAUACCCACACUGCAAGCCAGCAAAGAACUGUACAUUGGAUGAGCAGAUUAUGAAAGAAAACAACAUUGAAUCGCAGUCACAGAGGCAGCGUGUCUAUCUCACUGGGGACAUCGUCUUCUUUGAGUGCAAACACUGGUGGCACACAAAGGUUUCAGCGGCUGACAGAUUUCGAGCAGAGUGCCUGGAUGGAGUGCUUCAGUAUCCUUCGUGUGGAUCCCGAUUUGGAUAAAUGGCAAUGGGAUGAAGCAGCCCAGCUGUGUGGAAAUGAGACAAACCCAAGCCCACCCAGUGAUCUGAGCUCAGCUUCUCCUGGCCUUCCCUGUUCCACUGUGCUUUGUUUGCAUCUUGGCCUGACUUGGGAUUUGGUAGUGGUUUUUAUUGUGGAUGACCAUGUCCACAUUUUAUCCACGUUUUAUCCGGUUUUGUGAAGGUGGCUACAUUUUACCCAUCUGAAGGGUCGUGCUUGCCUGUUAUCUAGUUUGUGUUGUCCUCACUGUGCUUGUUAUUAACUCAUUGUGUCCUGCAUUAGUCUGGCUGUGGUGCCAUACUGAGAUAAGAAUUAAAGCCCUCAGGUAAUCUGAUCAUCA